AUGGCGGUCUUCAGGUCGCUGAAAGCCCUAAUUGAAAACCCUAAAAGAUCGAGAACCUUCCUCACGGCCACAGCCCCAUACAUCUCGGCGCCUCUUCAGUAUCCUACUCUCUCUUACCCUCUCUCUCACCCUCUCUUUCGCUUGCCGUCUCAGAUUUCUAGGACCUUUCUCUCUCCACUCUCCAAUUGGAUCAUUCCUUUUCACGGACCGCUCUUCCUCUCUUGCCCUCCAUGGAAGCUCUCGCAGUCCGCCACUCCGCUCUACCUUCGUGGGAACGGCGUCGUUCUCAGAAAGAUCGAAGCUUCCUUAUGCUUGAAUCUCCUGCGGAGGAGACCGAGCUUCCCGCUCCCAUUUGAGGUCGGGUCACUCUCGCCUGCUCCGACCGUAUUGGAUCGUGGUGUCGGGUUGAAAGAGGCCAGUGAUGAUUUCGUCAAUUUGCCCAAUUUGAUCUCCAUAAGUCGGAUGGUUUCGGGUCCUUUGCUUGGAUGGAUGAUUGCAAAUGAAUGGUAUUCUUCUGCAAUGGUGGGGUUGGCUAUCUCUGGGGCAACUGAUUGGUUGGAUGGAUACAUGGCUAGGAGGAUGAAGAUCAAUUCUGUUGUUGGCUCCUACCUGGAUCCCCUUGCUGACAAGGUUCUUAUUGGAUGCGUUGCUUUGGCCAUGGUGCAUAAGGAUCUUCUUCACCCUGGACUUGUUGGACUCAUUGUGUUUCGCGAUGUUGGCCUUGUUGGUGGUGCAGUAUAUCAAAGAGCUAGUAACUUGGAGUGGAAGUGGAAAAGUUGGUCCGACUUUUUCAACAUUGGUGGAACCCGUCCCAAGAAGGUUGAACCGCUCUUUGUUAGUAAGCUUAACACGGUCUUCCAGUUGAUUUUAGUUGCGGCAGCUCUGCUUCAACCAGAGUUUGGAACCCAAGAUACUCAAAUAUACAUUACAUACUUGAGUUGGUUAGUGGCAUCAACAACAGUGGCUUCUACAGCAGCAUACGGAGCACAACACUUGAGGAGGUCUGCAUUGACUGCUCGGAAAUCCUAA